AUGGCAAAUUCAGAAGCUGGAAUGAGUAGUGAUGCUGCACGAGCGUCAGUAGAUGAGUACCAAGUGUUCUUGAGUUUCAGAGGACCUGACACUCGUCAUGGAUUCACAAGUUUCCUUCACGAUGCCUUGUUAGAUGCUGGAGUCCAUGUUUUCCUGGACAAUGAGGAACUCCGGGUUGGCGAAGUAAUUGGUGACAACCUUCUAAAAGCUAUCAACAACUCCACAAUCUACAUACCCAUCUUUUCUCCAACUUAUGCUUCCAGUAAAUGGUGCCUCUGUGAAAUUAAAUGCAUAAUGGACAACGUGUCUAAAUCAGAGGGUACAAAAAGCAUCUUUCCCAUUUUUUUUCACAUAGAACUUGAGGAUGUUAAGCUUAGGACUUCGCUAUAUGCCGAUGCUUUAUUAAAACACAAGGCAAAUUUUCCCGACGAAGUGGUGGAUGCAUGGAGCGCCGCCCUUGCAAAGGUAGGGGAAAUCAAGGGAUGGACCGUGGCAAAGGAACAAAGCCAACCAGCAAUUGUGAAAUCGGUUGUUGAAAAGGUUUUGGAGAAGACGAAGAUAAAACAAAAACUAGUGACCGAACAUUUAGUUGGAUUUGAUGAUCGGGUAAAAGAAUUGACAAUGUUAUUAGAUGUCAAGCAAGAUGAUGUGCGGCUUAUUGGAAUUUAUGGAAUGGGUGGUAUCGGUAAAACAGCCAUUGCCAAGGUCAUUUUCAAUCAACUAUCUUCCCACUUUGGAAAGUAUUGUAGCUUCCUCGAGGGCGUUCAAGAAAGGUUAGCCAAAGGGGACAUGGUCCAAUUGCAGAAGAAAUUACUUCAUGACAUCCUUUGCUCUGGAUCUAUUGGAAAAGUUAACGAUAGUGAACAAGGAAUGAGGAGGAUUGGAGAAACACUUGGCCGAAAGAUGGUCCUUGUGGUUUUGGAUGAUGUCAAUGAAGAAAAGCACAUUAGAGAACUAAUAGGAAGUAAUUCCUUAUGUUCAGGAUCAAGGAUAAUCAUUACAACAAGAAGCAAAGCUACUUUGGAAGUUAAGGGAUUUAAAGGCGAAAUUCAACAGUAUGAGAUGCUAAAGAUGGAUGAUCAUUUUGCACUUCAACUUUUUUAUCAGCAUGCCUUAGAUGAUGGAGACUUUCCUUCAAGUGACUAUCAUUAUAAGCUUUCAAGUGAAAUUGUCUCACAUGCGGGUGGGCUUCCUUUGGCAAUUAAAGUGAUGGGUUCGUUACUUAAAGGGAAGCAGGAAGAUUUUUGGAAAGAGACGUUGGUCAGGUUAACGAAAGUACCUGAGAAAGAGAUUCAAGAGAAGUUGAGGAUUAGCUAUAAUGAUCUAGAUGAAGAUCAGCGACGGAUUUUUCUCGAUAUAGCGUGCUUCUUCUGCAAUGAAAGAAGGACAGAUGCAAUUCACAUAUGGACCGAUUCAUAUCCCAUAAGAGAAAUUAAAGUCCUUAUUGAUAGGUGCUUGAUAAAGAUAUUGGACAAUGACAAGUUAUGGAUGCACGAUCAACUAAUAGACUUGGGAUGGCAAAUUGUCCAUGAAGAAAGUUCAAGUGACCUUGGCAAGCGGAGUAGGUUGCGAAUUGCAAAAGAGAACCUUGAAAUCAUAACAACCAAAGAGAAGAAGGACGAGGUUCGAGCCCUUCAAAUAGAUGGAUCGGAUGACUUCAUAGAGAUUAAGAAUGAAGAGUUUGAAAGGUUACGAAACCUAAAAUUCCUCAAGUUAUGCAAUGGAACUUUUGCUGGGGACUUUACAAAGUGUCAUUCAAAGUUGAGAUGGAUUUCUUGGCAGCCUCCAUUUCGGGAGUUUAGGGCAAGCAAUAUGAAUUUGGAUCAUCUUGUUGUUUUCAAACUUGGCAAGAAUGACUUCAAAGACAAUUCAAAAGCAUGGGACUUGAUCAAGAAGGCACAAAAAUUGAAAGUUUUGUCUCUUGUUGAUUGUGAUGGCAUAACAACAAACCCGGACUUCUCUAAAUGCUCGGGUUUAGAGAGGUUAACUCUUCAAAGGUGCAACAUGCUAAAGAGAAUUGAAAGCUUCAUUGGAAAUCUAAAGAUGUUGAUUAUGUUAGAGAUUGAAUGGUGCCCAUUUCUUACAAAUUUGCCUAAAGAGGUGGGGGCACUAGUGAAGCUUGAGCGUUUCUUAUUACGAGGAUGUCCUAAGUUGGGAGAACUUCCGGAUUCACUUGGAAAUUUAACAUCAAUGAUGCAAUUAGACUUAUCGGGUACGGGCAUUGCUGAACUUCCAAACUUCAUCAAAGGACUAGUGAAACUUGAGUCUUUACUUCUGAAAGACACGAUGAUAAGGGAACUUCCCAACUUCAUUGGAAAGUUAAAAUCAUUACGCAUAUUGGGUUUAUCAAAAGAUGGAUCAUAUUCUCCUAAGGACGUAUCAUAUUCUCCUAAGGAUAAUAAUUGGCAGUUUCCUAAUGGCAUGAACAUGUUGACAAAUCUUGAAGAAUUGGAUCUCUCUAAGCGUGGUGAAAUGAAAGGUGAAGUUCCUGUUGGAAUUGGAGAAUUGAUCGGGUGGGCAGAGUUGACCACUCUAUUGUUCGGUUAUAGCGAAGUGGAAGAUAUUCCACUUGAUGAGCUUCCACAACUGAAGAACUUAACUAUUUAUGAUUGUAAACCGCUUCACAUAUUAUCCAUUCCUUCAAAAUUAAGGAAGCUAAGGCAAGUGAGUGUGUCAUCUUGUUCAAAGCUAGUUGAGAUACAAAUUGCGGGCCUUUCACAAUCGUUGGAAUCCUUCUCUGUUUACGGGUGCGAAUCAUUGAGAAGAAUAGGUGGGUUAUCAAACUUGAAGAACCUGGAGAAACUGGAAAUCAAAUCUUGCAAUGCACUUAAUGAUGUUGAGGGCGUAAACGAGCUAAGGUCUCUGAAAUCCUUGAAGAUCAUAGUGUGCAAGUCACUAGGAAUGUUGAUUGAUGCAUCUUGCACAAAUAUACCAGAUGAUUGCCUUGUCAAUAUAUUGAGCUGCGGAGAGUUUAUCAAUUCUCAUUGGAUAUACCCAUUCGGAAUUUGUUUGGAGCGUUACAUACAGGAGAUUCUUCUGGAUACAUCAAACAAGAUUGAAUCUCCCUUCACAAUCGAUUUCUUCCUGAAGAUAAAGCAGUUCAGUCGUAAAAUUUGGUACAAGAUUUCUAGUGAAGAUGGCGAGUUGAUCGUAGAGAUCAAGAGUGAUGAGCAAGUGAAGGAAAUGGUGCAACUAGCAUCUAAAAGAGGAUCGAUUCGUUUGAUCGUCGAGGGAGGGGUUGACAUUUCUUUGGAAGGAGUAAUAAUCAGGGCCAGCCAAUGGGGCUGCUCCGUGCAUUUCUUAAUUUUCUACUGCUGUGUUGCCUUCUUCUUGUUUCUGUCACUUUCGAGGGGAAAAUUGGAUUUUCCCAGGAAAAUCGAGCAAUUUGCUAGGACGCGCAGCAACUUCAUAGCUCACUCAGUGACGUGUGAAGGAUUGAUUGUCGACGUGAAAGGUUUUGGGUUUCUUUCGAAGAGAAUGCAGCACGAGGAUCCUGGUGAAUACCUGGAGCUGUUCAUAGAGAUCAUGAGUGAUGAGCAAGUGAAGGGAAUGCUCCAACUAGCAUCUAAAAGAGGAUUUAUUCAAUUGUUCUUCAUGGGAGAGGUUGACAGGGAGCCGGGCAAAUUCUGA